AUUUGAUAAUGUUGUGUGGAUGAGAAAGCAUAGAGAGAGAGAACAAAUGAACCUCAAAGCAUUGAGCAUCAAACACGAACGUUAGCAAGUAAUGAUACUUGUUAGCCAUAGCCAAGUUCCUUGUGGAGCCAUGUUUGCAAACUGUUCCAUCUCAUCCUCAACCAAAUUCAUCACUACAAACUCUUCACAAUUCUUCAAUUAUCAAGUUAGAAGAACUUCCAUUAGACCCUUUCAUCUUACACUAGCCAAAGCUGAGGGAAACAUAGACUCAACUUCAUCUACCAAAUCAUCUUCUUCUCCUUUUGUCAAUGAUCAAACGGUUUUCGUUGGUGACAAGGAUGUUCCAUUGGAAGGUGUAAUUCAGUUUGAUAAACCAUCUUCUUCCUCUCGUAUUGAAAAAUGGGGGCGUGUAGCUCUAUUUGCUGGUGGUGAUGUGUUGGCUUUGCUUUUGUUUUCAACAAUUGGAAGAUAUAGUCAUGGACUCUCUAUUUUUGAUUUUGAGACUCUGCACACUGCUGAUCCUUUUAUAGCUGGGUGGUUUUUAGGUGCUUAUUUCCUUGGAGGUUUUGGUGAAGAUGGCCGUGGAAUGAAGGGUUUGCCCAAAGGUGUCAUUGCUACUGCUAAAUCAUGGGCUGUUGGGAUCCCUAUAGGAAUAGUAAUAAGGGCAGCAAGAUCAGGCCAUUUGCCUAACUAUGGCUUUGUAUUUGUGAGUCUUGGAAGCACUGCCGUUCUACUCAUCGCUAUCCGAGCAUUGUUAUACGCCCUUCUUCCAGUCGACAAUAGUAAGAAGAGCGAUGUCUAUCGCCGUGGCAGUCCCUUUGAACUUUUUGAGCUUCUCACAUCAUUAGUACGGCGGUGGUAGCGGGAGUUACAUGUUCAGGGCACUGUAAUUUAUAUGCAUAAGUUGCCAUAGCUAAAAUCUCUUUGUAUUUGUUUAUUGUUUUUGAAUUUCAACUAUUUUUUGCAACACAAUUUACUACUUUGGUAAGUUGUAAUUUGUAAAGUGCUUUAAGUCAUUUGUAUCAUGAACUGUACAUGUUCUCAAACUAGGUGUGUAUCAUUGUAUGACAUGUUAAGUUUUUUUGACCCAACAGUGUUUGAACAAAUCUUUAGUUUAGUCCCUGAAAUUGAAGGGUAUUUU